AUGUCAAGGGCCGAGAAUCGUGAAGAACUUGAGCGCAUGAGAAUUGCCAUGGAGGGUGAAAACUCCUGGGAUCGCAUGAAGAGAAAGGCCAGAGAGGAACCUCUAGUUCCAGCAGGUGUCGCAGUGACUUGUUUUGCUCUUGUUGCAGCAACUGUGGGUGUAAAGACAGGCAACAAAGCUUAUGCUAACAACAUGUUUCGACUUCGAGAAAUAAAGGAUAAAAAGAAAGAUACUACCAAGACAAGAUAG